AUGGCGGAUUCUGUUCAUCCAGAAAUCGUCGUGGAAGAAUCUAACAGCUUUGGUACGCCAGCUUUUGCUGUCGCCAUCCCUGGGAUGGUAUUGUUGGCAGGCUUGGCGUUUGCUAUGUACUGGUUUUACAAUCUUUCAAGAUCUCAAGAUCGUUAUUUGGCAGACAUGGAAAUGAAUAAUGAAGACCCCGAAGAUGACGAAAUGGACAUGGACGAAGAAUCUGGACUGGAAGACAGCCUGGAUAUGGAAGAAAUCUAUGACACUGACGAUGACUCAAAUACUGACCAAGACGAAGUAGCUGGACUGGAAGACGGUCUAGAUACGGAAUUUCUCGAAAAGACUGACGACGAGGCUGCACUUGAGGACAGUCUAGUUAUGGAACUAUUCGAGGACGCUGAGGAAACUGAGGAGGGGGAGGAGGAAGGUCUAGAUACGGAAUUUCUCGAAAAGACUGACGAAGAAGCUAGACUGGAGGACAGACUAGUUAUGGAAAUAUUCGAGGACAAUGAGGAUGAGGAAACUGAGGAGGAGGAGGAGGAGGAGGAAGGUCUAGAUACAGAAUUCCUCGAAAAGACUGACGAAGAAGCUAUACUGGAGGACAGUCUAGUUAUGGAACUAUUCGAGGACGCUGAGGAAACUGAGGAGGAGGAGGAGGAAUGCAUGGAGGAGCCUUGUCUAGAAGUCUACUUGUUGAGACAAGGACUAGAACAGAUGGAAGAAGAAAAGCUGGACUUAGAGAAGGAUUUGGAUAACUGUAAAGAUCUCGCACGUAAAAUGGAAGACCUCUGGAUGGGAGCUCAACAAGAGAUCGAACUGCUUCGACGUCAGCUAGUGGAGAAAGAGCUACUGCUGGAAAAGAGAGCACAGGAGGAAAAUGAAAUGAACGCCAGAGGUAGAAAAAUCGAGAAUCUGCUUCAGCGAAAUGAAAAACUUGUAGAUGAAAAUCGGCAGUUGGAAGCGGACUUAAAACUCGCUUUAUCUGAAGUACAGAAGAUGGAAGAGGUCGACAGAGAACAGCGGGAGAAAAUAGUGGCACUGGAGAGUCACCUACAGGAGAGAGCCGAGGAGGAAAGCGAGAUGGGAAGGGUCCUCCAACAGAAGAUGGCUGAGAAAGAAAGAGAGCUGGAGCGCACUGUACAGGAGGGAGCAGAACUCAGCCGCAAAUUAAAGGAGGCUGAAAAUCUCAACCAGUUGCUUGAUCUGGAGAAUGAAGACUUCUGUAGGCAGAAUGAAGCCUUGAGGAAUGUUUUAGUUGAGAUAGAAAGAGAGCUGGAGUGCACUUUGCAGAAGGGAGGAGAGCUCAGCCUCAAACUGAAAGAAAAUGAAAAUCUCAAUCAGUUGCUUGUCCUGGAGAAUGAGGACUUCUGUAGGCUGAAUAAAACAUUAAGGAAUGCUUUAGAUGAGAAAGAGAAGGAAGCAGAGCUGCUGAAAGGAUCCCUCGCCACUAAAUCUAAGGAAUUGGAGGAAGCUCAAGAGGAACAAGAAGUAACGAAGAAACGACUGGAAGAAACUGAACAGGAUAAUGUGAAACUCCAAGAUAACUUGGAAAGCGCUCUGCGUCAAGAACAGUGCUUCCAGCGCUUGCUAGAUUGUCAGGAAGAAGACAUCUUAUCCCUUAGGAAGAAGGAGAGUGAAGCCCAGUUGGAAGUGCAGCAACUUCUCAAGGAUUGCGAAGAGCUGAAAGAGGAGUGCCAAACACAGAAGGAAAAUAGGAUGAGAGACGAGAAGUGUUUCAGAGAGCAGCUACGAAUACAGGAGGAUGCUUUGAGAGAACAUGACAAAUACAUGUUAAUGAUGCUCCUCCAUGGAACCGCUCAGAGGAAUUUCCAACUGGAACACAUUGCGCUAGAACAUGAGCAUGAAACUGUAGAUGAUACGAGUAAAAACGAGAAGCUGGAAAGGUGUGCUGAAAGAACAGGAAGGAUAGACGAAGGGAGAGAAGAAGACCCUUGUGAAAAGGCGCGCAAGGGAGAAGAGAAACAACAUAGAGAGUUCUGCAACGCCCAGCAGGAGAUGGAGCAGGAUUACAGGGAACAAACAAGCUCUCAGUUUGAGAGCCAACAAUUGUAUGGAGGCUGGAGGACAAGCUCUCAGUUUGAGAGCCAACAGCUGUUAGGAGGCUGGAGGACGAGCUCUCAGUUUGAGAGCCAACAGCUGUUUGGAAAGCCAGAGGGCCACCAGGAGGUCACUAGAAGGUCACCAGAAGACAUGGUGUAA